ACUCUGUCUGACCUAAAUACCUUAAUUUCUACUUUCACAAUUACAUGCAUUAUAGCAUAUCAUUCACCAUGUGAUGUUAUAGUGAAUAUCGGCACACUAGUGAUAGGAUCAGGACAUACUUUUGCUACUUCCGUGCAACUCUAAGAACCAACAUGACAAUAGGAGACGUCGUGGUGCUUCUUGCUGGUCUCAUCCUCGGCGUCUUGUGCUGGUGGGUCUCCAGAGAUUUAUAUAAAUGUAAGGCAGAGCUGGACGCCUUACAAAAAGCCAUAGAAACGAAAACUUCCGAAUGUACAUCAAGUAAGGACUACCUGAAGAAACAGUUGCAGUCCACGACAAUUGAAUUGAGAGAGUUUAACGCGCUGAAGCAGGAGAAUAAGAAAUUGAACGAACGUCUUUCGCAAAUAGAAAAUGCAUUGAAAGAAGCUCAGGAUCAGAACAAACGAAUUGGGAAAAAGAACGAACAACUUCAGAAUAAUAGAAAGGCGCUUGAAAGUGACGUGGUACUGCUGAAAGAGCUAAAUCAACAAAUUUCAGAAACGCCGAGUAGGCAGGCUGCGUUAGAGAAGGAUCUCCUUGUGCUAAAGAGGCAGAACAGAGAGUGGGGUUACUGUAAUGAGCGACUGAAGACUGUACUUGAAAACGUGCGGAUUUGUGGUGAUAAAGUCAUUGACUUAGAAGCGGCAGUAACGGCUGGAGACUCGAGAAGGCAAAGUGAAGGAAAACGGACAUUUGAACUAGAACUUCAUGUGGCUAACCUAAAGACAUCUUUAAAGCUCUCUGAGGAGAGGAGAGCUUCUGGACAGAAAGAAAAGGACGAUUUCAUGACAUCUCUUUACGAGUGUCUCAUGAAUUCCAGUAGGCUGGCACAACGCCUCGAUAAUGUGACCAGGGACUGCGUGGAGGUGACGAACAAUGGAUACUGCAUGACGGCGACUGAUCCAAGCGAUAUCUUUAAGACAGUUACCACCGUGUGCUCGGUUCUGUUCCUUUGCCUGAUCAUCAUCAUCAUAUCACUUCGACGCUGCUACAAUGCUGCAUGUGACUGUAGAGGAAGAAUUGUGAACUUGGCAAAGAAGUUGAUUGCUAAAUUUCAUAGGCAGAGUUCCUACUACGGACAAUAUGGGCAGAGGUAUUAUUAUAACGAUCGAUUUUUAAGAAAGAGUAAGAACAAAAGCAUAUUUUGACCGAGUGGAUAUUUCCAGUGAGAUACUAGUAUGUUCGGAUGUGAAUGUGGUAAUGACCGACGGUCUGAUAUUUAUACAUUGUAAUUGAAUUCACAAACAUAUAAAUUAUUCUUUCCUGAAACUUCUCCAUCUACAUGUAUCCACAUCAGUUCAUGAUAUCAGCAACUUAAACUUCCCGCAGUGCAAAUAUUCUGCAGUGGUAAUUUGCGAGAUGUACUUUGACUUUGAAGAGGCGACGGGGGUAGGAGCACCUUGGUAUAACUUGUGGUUGCUCAUCUUCAUAUCGAAUGCAUUCAUUCAGUAGUCUAUGAUCAUGCACUCAACUUUUCAUUAAAUCAUACAAAAGAAUGCAAAUUGUUUAUUCGCAUACACAAAACUUUAUUACACGAGACAUUUGAUCAGUAAUUGUCCACAUCCCAUCAAUUACUUGCGACACGUGUAAAUAGAAUGUGUCAUCGACAAAUAGUCUUUGGUCAUCUCAAUAUAAUGAUUAUUGUUA